GGUGGACUGCGCUGCGCGAGAGAGAGAGCGCGAGUGCGAUUUACGUCAACGUCACGCAGUUCUGUGAGUGUCGCUUGACAGUGGCGAUUUAUUUGUAAUAAUGAUAAUUUCACGAGGAUUGAAUUUAUUGAAAGUCGCCUAUAAAAGAAGCCCAAGUAAAUUCGCGGCGACAAAUCUGCGCUCCGUUAGGCUUUCUCACGGUCAUGGAAUGUAUCGCGAUUUCCCGUCAGAAGACAAGACGUGGGUGUUCGUAGCUGAAAUUUUCGGAGGCAUAAUGUGGUGGUGGGUAUUAUGGCAUUUCUGGCACGACUUUGGCCACAUUGUCGGAGAGUUCCCAUAUCCAGAUCCAUCCCAGUGGACAGACGAGGAAUUAGGUAUACCUCCGGAUGAUUAUACUGAGCCCGCGACUCGUACGACGUAGAUAAUUUUAAGACCAUAUUACAUGAAGCAAUAGCUGCGCCAGCAGUUGGACCGUAACCUGGAAUGACAUUUACGACACCGGCUGGAAAUCCUGCCUCCUUAGCCAGGGCG